AUGGGAAUUUUCAAAUUUGACAAAACCGAUGGAGCCCAUGGUAAAAAACCAACACCUGGUGGAGGUCCAGUUCAACUACCAUCGCCACCAUCAGGUCCUGUAGGAGUACCCCCAAAAGACACGAGUACAUAUACUACCCUAAUCUAA